AUGUAUGUGAAAUGGUUUGAUACAGGAAUGUUAUACUAUGUGAUUUUAGUGAAUGUCACUUUUUAAAAUGUUUUAAUUUCCCGCCAGUUCCGUCCCCCGUAUUUGCCGACGUCGCAGGGAACGGAACCCGGAAGACAAAUGCCGGCAUCGGCCGGAGGACAUUGUCGGGGACACUGCAGGAGGGACAUCGCGGGAGCGCAGGACAAGGUAAGUGAAGGAGAUCCCGGAGCAGCGCUGCAUGUAUUCCCAAGUGUAGCUCGGGGUUACCGCUUGUGGUGCUGAAACUUUACCUACACUCGGGAAUACCGCCAGGGAGGUUAAU